ACCUGUCUGCUGUGCAUGCUCCGCCGCUCUUCCCGCACUCCCUCCGGGGUCUCUGCGCGCCUGGGGGGGCUCUCGAGAGCUCUGAGAAAAAAACAAGACCAGAAAGCCCCAGAUAGAGAUGCUAUCUUCCGAGCAACGGCCAACUUGCCCUCCCACAACAUGGACCGGGCUGAGGUCCAGACCAACAUCAGAGACUUCCAGACGGAACUCCGGAAGAUCCUGGUGUCCCUCAUCGAGGUCGCGCAGAAGCUGUUAGCGCUGAACCCGGAUGCGGUAGAACUGUUCAAGAAGGCGAAUGCGAUGCUCGACGAGGAGGAGGAUGGGAGAGUGGACGAGGCCGCCCUGCGGCAGCUCACGGAGAUGGGCUUCCCAGAGAGCAGGGCCGCCAAGGCCCUUCGGCUGAACCACAUGUCGGUACCUCAGGCCAUGGAGUGGUUAAUCGAGCACGCGGAAGACCCGACCAUUGACGCCCCUCUUCCGGGUCAGGCCUCGCCAGGAGGGGCGCAGGCCGAGGCCGCCCCUGAGGCUGCCACUGAGGCUGCUGGGACUAGCACGGGAGAUGAGGAGCCCAGAGAUGAGCUAACGGAGAUCUUCAAGAAGAUCCGGAGGAAAAGGGAGUUCCGGGCUGACGCUCGGGCUGUCGUUUCCCUGAUGGAGAUGGGCUUCGACGAGAAGGAAGUGAUAGACGCCCUCAGAGUGAACAACAACCAGCAGAACGCCGCCUGUGAGUGGCUGCUGGGAGACCGGAAGCCGUCCCCUGAGGAGCUGGACAAGGGCAUCGACCCCGACAGCCCUCUCUUCCAGGCCAUCCUGGAUAACCCGGUGGUGCAGCUGGGCCUGACCAACCCGAAAACGUUACUAGCGUUUGAGGACAUGCUGGAAAACCCGCUGAAUAGCACCCAGUGGAUGAACGACCCGGAGACGGGGCCGGUCAUGCUGCAGAUCUCCAGGAUCUUCCAGACCCUGAACCGCACGUAGGCCAUGCGGCCGCUCCGCCGUUCUGCUCCCGCCGAGGCCCUCUUCUUACCCCAGCCAGUUGCAGAAGAGCGUGGCGACCCCUGGGUGCCGCGGGCUGGGGGGAGGGCAGGGCUGGAGGGGCCUCGCUGGACCCCGCCCUCCGCGGCCGCCCUGGGUCAUCAGGGCACGGGGCCCUUCUCACGCUUUGAUCUGCUUGAAACCCGUGUGAUGGUGGUGUGCAUGGCCGCGUCCAGCCUCCGACAGUGUUUACAGACGCGGUGAUGGCUCCGGGAGGGCUCCCCUCCCCCCACAGGGCCCUCUGGGCUCUGGGAACGCUCCUCGACCCGACCCGUAGGCGCUGCUUGCUCCUUGGAAGAAGGCAUGUUUGAACCCAAAGUGUUACCGUCAGUACUAACUUAAGUAGAGGGAGUCACAGGUGAUUUUUCUUCAAUAAAUAAAUUCCCUUUUUCUUA